AUGACAUCACAACCGGAAACGGAAUUGAUCAUCGUGAACGUGGGAGGCAACCGUCACGUGAUGAACAUUGGUGACCUCAUCAAAGCGCCUCACACGAGACUCGGUAAACUCGCACAUCUCUACUUACUUCGGCCAUCGUUGAAGACAGAAGGGAAAAUGGAAUUUUUUUUCGACCGUCAGCCGGUCAGCUCGGCCUAUAUCGUUAAUUACUACAGAACUGGGAAGCUGCACUGCUCUGAAGAGAUAUGCGUGCAAUCGUACUCAGAGGACCUGGAGUACUGGGGUGUGAGUGACGUUAACCUGGAGCCAUGCUGUCAGGCACAAUACUUCCACAACAGAGAGUUCUGCCUCAAUGAAAUUAGGAAAGAGAAAAAAAGUUUGAAAAUUUACGCUGACGAGGAUGCAUUUGAACCCGGUACCUUCUGCAUCAACCUCAGACAGAAGCUCUGGGAUGUUGUCGAUAAGCCGCAAACAUCUCUACUUGCAAGGGCGAUGGCGGCAAUUUCAAUCUUAUUUAUCGUCCUCUCGACUGUCACAUUAACGCUCAACACUCUUCCAUCUAUGCACCAUAGAUACGACAAUGGCACGAUAAUAAAAGAAAAUAUCCACCUAGCCAGAAUCGAAACGGUUUGUAUCGGCUGGUUCACCUUCGAAUACUUAGUGAGGUUUUUGGCCUCGCCAAACAAAUGCAACUUCUUAAAGAGCAUUUUGAAUUUCAUCGAUUUGGCGGCCAUGUUGCCUUAUUAUGUAUCUUUGGUCGUUUCCAUUUUUGAUCAAAAAAACGCGGGAAAUGACCAGAAAAGCGUGGGAGUUGACCAACUUCAAAACGCGCGCCGGAUCGUUCAAGUCUUCCGGAUCAUGAGGAUUUUUAGGAUCUUCAAGCUUGCUCGUCAUUCAACUGGCCUACAAUCCUUGGGCUACACAUUACGAAGAAGUUACAAGGAGCUCGGCUUGUUGGUCAUGUUCAUUGCUAUCGGAAUUCUAAUUUUUUCAAGUCUGGCCUACUUCGCCGAGAAGAGUGAUGAUUAUAAUCCACAAUUCACCAGCAUACCGGACUCAUUUUGGUGGGCUGCCAUCACGAUGACCACGGUGGGCUACGGGGACGUCUACCCCAAAUCCAGUUGGGGUAAAUUAGUGGGGGCGAUUUGCUGCAUUUGCGGCGUUUUGGUCAUAGCAAUGCCCAUCCCAAUUAUCGUCAGCAAUUUCGCCGAUUUCUAUAGGGACCAGAUGAGACGGGAGAGAGCUCUAAAGAGAGAGGGGGCCUUUGAAAGGGCCCGCCGUGACGGUAGCAUUGUGUCGAUAGAUAGGGGUUUUGACAUUAAAAUAGAGUUUCCCAAUUGUUUGAUAGAACUAAAAAUAUUACAAUUGAUUAAAUAAAGUUUUACAAUGAGAUGAUUUUAUAAUAAAAAUGAGUUUAACUAAGCAAUCAAUCAAUCAAUCAUCACUCAAAUCAUCAAUCAACUAACUAAUUAAUGAACCAAUCAACUGACCAGUCAAUCAAUUAACCAACUGGCGAACCAAUCAAUGGCUACUUUUUGCCAGUUUCCUCUUAUUAACACCGGCCGAUUUUACCAUCAAAUUUUUUCCUGUCAAUUUUUCCUCGUACGGUGACCUAACUUGACCAGUUUUAGGCCUGUAGUAGAGACCAUAUCUACUCUCAUCGUCGUCGUUGUCGUCGUCGUCAUUGUAGCCGCGAUUGUUACGAUUCUGACGAUCAUGGUGGCUAUGGUUACGACCGAGCGAUACGGUCUUCCUGGACCCCCCUUGAUCACGUGACGGCAAAAGCAACAGCCCAUUGGUCAGUUUCAGUGAGGAGUUUCUCCUGUUUACUGCCCACGUGUUUGAGUUCGGCAGACGAU